GGACGAUCAGUCGCAGUCAUGUCUUUUUUUUUUGUGAUUCAGCAUCGGUGUGGAACCACGCAGUAGAUGAACAGUCGUCAACUACGACUAGCUUGCUUACACGAAGAUCCUCUAUUAGCAAAUUGGGUAGAGUGAAAAAAUCCAUACAUAAAAACAUUCUUCAUUAAUUUGGCCACUAAGUAUUAGGCUACACACUCGCAAAGUUGUGUACAUACAAACGUAAUAUUGAAACUCACAAUUUUCUUGUUGAUUAUUGUCCGUGUUGGCGUUGUCAACAUAUCCAUUACUUCGUCCCGGCUCUCUCGCCACCUCUAUUGGGGUGGGAGAUUCUAUUACGGGCGCCAGCAUCAAUUGACCACUUUUGAUGAAAAUGCAGACUGCACCCCCUCCUGCUCCUUUCGUAGCUGGGGCAAGAUGACACUGCCACAUGCUUUGAGAAGUUGCUCUCAGCGCGGUCUCUGCGACGCAGCGACGUCGCGUAAUCGGCUGCUAGUAACAAGGACGAGGCACCAAGAACACCUACUCCUGCGCAGUCGCAGCUGCAACCCGCCUGGCUGACAAGGAACAACAUCAGAGCCCGCGAGAUUAUACAGGUGACUCUGGGUCGCGGCGGCUUCGGGAUCUAGAAGCAGAGUUGUCUCGCUUCCUACACGACCUGGUGCAUCGUCAAUACUAGCCGUAGCUUCGUGGGGAGGACCGGAAAACAACAGCACGCCCAAGAUGCACACGUAUUUGUUGCUGUUUGUUCUACUUUGCUCCGCAAUCACCGUUCAUGAGGAUCAUAAAGAAACUACGUGUAUGAAAACAAAGAGAGGCUCCUCGGUGGAAGCGAAUCGAUAUAGAAAAAAAAAAUAUCUUCAGGGGCGGCCACCUCUCGAAGGAGUUCUUUGAACUCGUGAAGCAAAUCGGGGAAAGCAGAAGCAAGCAAGAGGAGGACAAAAUCAUCCUGAAUGAGGUUGCUGCCCUGAAAGCAUCAGUGAACCUGCCCGGUGUUUCGCUCAAAAGGAUGAAAGAGUACUUGAUUUUUAUGACUGUGAUUUGUGAUGCGUAGCGGGCAAUUGAAUUGACUCUUUCUUUUCUGGUGCGGUACUUGUGCAUGACAGAACUUCAUCAUCUCACUAUUUCCCAUCAGGUUCCUGAUCCGCGCCAUCUACGUGGAGAUGCUGGGGCACGACUGCAGUCUGGCCUACAUCCACGCGGUGAAGCUGUGUAACGAGAAGCAGAUCAUGGCGAAGCGGAUCGGUUACUUAGCCUGUAACAUUUUCCUGCACAAGGACCACGAAUUCAUGCUGCUGCUAAUCAACACGCUCCAGCGAGACCUGAAGUCGUCCAACCAUCUCGAGGUCGCGGGAGCCUUGAUCAGCAUCUGCAGAUUGGUCAACCAAGAGAUGGUAUCCAGCAAAGAAAGAUUGUAGUUGUAACUUUGGGUAGGUGCGCAACAUGCAAGAUGACUGCGUCUGUCAUGCGGGUCACGCAUUGUAAUUCUAAUUGUAGCUGUAAGGUCUAGUCAAGCGCGUUUUCACGUAGUAUCUACUACGCAUGACAGGUUUAUGAUUUUGCUGUCAUGCCAGACAGAUUUGCAUUGCUGUUCCGCCACAAAAGUUACACCGACAAGAAUCUUUUUUUCUUGGAUAGAUGGUCCCAGCGAUCCUGCCAGAGGUGAUAAAAUGCUUGACGCACAACCAUAUCAAAUGCAAAUAUGUCUGGGUCUGGAAGGUGGCAACUUGUCAUGGUAAAUCUGAAGCAUGCAAAAAUCUGUGUUGCAUGAGUGCCAAGUAGACCUGUCCACUUUUGACCAAGUCGGAAGGGGGUUUGUCAUGCGGGAUAGGCAUGGCAGAGACCUCGCGGAGUCUGUCAUGCUAAGUCCUGGAUUCCAGACCUCAUGGGUCAUGGAAAAUCUGCAUGACAAGUUCACACUUUUCCAGACCCACUUAUUUUUGCACUUGAUAAACCACGAAUCCGUACGGAAGAAAGCGAUUGUGGCGCUAUGCAAGAAAAAAACUGUGUAAGUGUAACUCUGUAAUGCAAAACAUGCAACAGAGUUACACCUGUCAUGCCACACAGCCAUGAAGUCCUUUUUUCAUGUGCAUUUCCCCUUACAAACCACGCAUCACAGGUUUUCUCUGUCAUGUAGAGCAAAUUUGUGAUGCUGUCGGCCAAAGAAAGUUACACUGACACACUUUUUUUCUUGGAUAGGCUCUGCACAAAAUUUACAAGCUCGACAGCAACAUUGCAACCAGCUGUAACGACAAUGUCAGGAAGGUAUAUGAUACAUGCAUGGCAAAUCAUGUCUUCGCUCCUACUGCAGAUCAACAACAUGAUAUUAUUUGUGAUCGCUAUGCGAAGUAAAUUAUGAAAGAAGAAGAACAAAUCCCUGCCGCCAGUAAACACAAAAAUAACUUCUCCCCCAUCCCCAGGUUCUCUGCGACCAGGACCCGUCUGUGAUGGGUGCCAGUCUGUACAUGCUCCACGACUUGGCCAAGCAGAACACGAUCGCGAACAAGGACCUGGUGCCGAGCUUUUUGUCCAUCCUGAAGCAAAUCAUCGACCACCGGCUGCCGCGGGAAUUCGACUACCACCGGGUGCCGGCCCCCUGGAUCCAGAUCAAGCUAUUGUCCAUCCUGGGCACGCUGGGGCACGCGGACCCCAAGGCCAGCGAGUUGAUGUACCCGCUUUUGGGGGAAAUGAUGAAGAAAUCCGACAUGGGCGUCAACGUCGGUUACGCGAUUUUGUACGAGUGCGUCAACACCAUCACCAAAAUCUACCCGCAUCCGCCCCUGUUGGAGCAGGCCGCGCAGUCCAUCUCGCGCUUCAUCUCCAGUGACAACCACAAUUUGAAGUACUUUAUACUGAAAGUGAAAACUUGUAUUGCUGAUGAUGGAUGGCAUGCUUCUGUCUUCUGUUUUCUCUCUACUUGUUUGUUAUGACAACGUCGCGAUGAAGCCGCCGGGCAAGUUGAUACAUAAGUACGUACAUCAUAGGAAAGGAUAAGUACGUACAUCAUAGUCGUCGCGCGUGUGAUGAAUGUUGGCAUCAAACUUCACUCAUCAUCUACCACAAAUCAAGGUACCUGGGCGUCACCGGCCUCGCAGCGAUUGUGCAGAUGAAUCCGAAAUACGCUGCUGAGCAUCAGAUGGUCGUAGUAGAUUGCCUGGAGGAUCCGGAUGAAACGCUCAAGCGAAAGACGCUGGAUUUGCUGUAUAAUAUGCUAUCAAGAGGUUUUCGUCCAUGCGUAUCAUGACACAGAGUUCUUCUCAUCACAUGACCUUCGCAUGACAAGACAUGAAGAACAAAAGGUACGACCGCCCCCAUACACUGUCAGGUAUAAGAUGACGAACCCGCAGAAUUGCACGGUCGUCGCCGAUAUAAAUUGCAAAAGUAUAAUCGUACUCGUAUAAAUGCAUUACAAACUUUCUCAGCAUGAGAAAUAAAAUCUGUGAUGCGGAUUUACCUUGAGAAAAAAAUUUGUGAUGCAUGAUUGCAAUUACUACGAGUGCGAUACUUUUGCACAGGAUAGCCGAGAAGCUUCUUUUCCACCUGCAAACCACCCAGGACAACCACCUGCGCAAGGAGCUCACGAGUAGGAUUUGCACCCUCGCUAUCCCACGAAAAAACUGCUUCACUGUGAUGAUUUUGCAACUUCUGCAUCACAAGUUUGCUUUGCAUCACAAAGGAAGUUUGCCAUGCGAGCCACCCAAGGAAAGACACGCCUAAAAACGCACUUUCUUGCAUAUGUAGCAAGACAAAGACGUCUGCGAUACACUUUCUGCAUCACAAGUCCACAGUGAAACAGUUUUUCCUUGCGAUACUCGCCGAGCGGUACGCGCCGUCCAACGACUGGUAUUUGGACACCAUGACCAACGUAUCAAAUGCAAAGAUGUCUGGGUCUGGAGAAAUGCAACUUGUGACGCUGCCUUUAGAUUCCAAAAAAAUCUGUAUUGCAUGAGCAGCAAAGAGAACGCAAUUUUUGCUACGCGGAGAGCAGGGCAUUUGUCAUGCGGACUAGGCAUCAAGAAGCCCUCAAAAAAUCUGCGACGCUAGGACAUGCAUCACAGACAUCAUGGCUCAUGUAAAACGUGCAUGACAAGUCAUCUCAGAAUUUCCCAGACCCAGACAUAUUUGCAAUUGAUACAACGUGUUCCAGCUGGGGGGCGACUUGCUGCCGCAAACCGUGUCGCACAAUCUGAUGCGCUAUCAAGUGUAAAAAUGUCUGGGUCUGGAAGAAUCCAACCUGUCAUGCUGAUUUUGGAUUCGAAAAAAAACUGUAUCGCAUGAGCAGCAAAGAGAGCCCAAGUUUUGCUACACGGAAAGAGCAUUUGUCAUGCGGUAUAGGCAUCAGGAAGCCCGCACAAAAUCUGUGAUGCUAGGGCAUGCAUCACAGACAUCAGGAGUCAGGCAAAAUGUGCAUGACAAACCUGGCAAUCUUCCAGACCCAGACACUUUUACAUUUGAUAUGCGUUUCGUCGCCGAGGGCACGGGCACGUCGGACGAAGAGGACGAAAAAUUCCGGGUGUACACGGUCAACACGUUUGUGAAACUGCUGGAGAAGUACGGCAAUGGGACGGACAAGGGGUCCCGCUUCCCCGACGUGUUGAUCCAGGUGAUCGCGUGGGUGCUCGGCGAGUACGGGUCUUUGUGUACGUUGGACGGCUUAUGGACUGCAAAUAUGUCUGGGUCUGGAAAGAUGCAACCUGUGAUGCUACCUUUGGACUCGACAUAAAAUCUGUAUUGCAUGAUGAACAGCAAAAAAGGUCCAGCUUUUUGAUACGCGGAGAGGGCAUUUCUCAUGCGGUAAGGGCAUCAGAAAGUCUACGGCAUGCAUCACAGACAUCAUGCGUCAUACAAAAUCUGCAUGACAUUGUUCUUCCAGACCCAGACUUACUUGCAUUUGAUACGGCUACCGCGGGAACGUGAAUGAGAUCACGGAUCUGCUCUGCGACUGCCUGUCCAAGUGGACCAGCAGCACGACGACAGAGAUCAUCUCCACCGGUAUUGCGCAGUCCGGCGGGACGAGCAGCGGCGCCACGGCGACAGAUAUGACCUGCUCAAAAGUUACAAUCUCAAACGGUACAAUAAAAUCUAGAAUUUGUGUUGCAUGAUGAGCAUGACAGACUCGCAGAGCGUUCCACUUUCUGCAAUACAAAUUUCGGCAGAUUCUAGUGCGGUUUGGGGCUCCGAAACUUGUCAUGCGCAAUCCUGUGAGAGUAGGUUAGCUCAUGCACUUCUUGCAUCACAGAUUUCCAUAUUCUAUUGUAACGUUUGAGACUGUAACACCUGAGCGGGUUAUAACAGAAACGAGAUGCUUUUUGAUCUCGGCGCUGACCAAGCUGACCGCGCAGAACGACAUUCUGCUGCGCAACGACGCGGCAAUUUUGGAGGUGGUCGAAAAGUACCGGGAGUCGAGGUCCACGGAUUUGCAGCAGCGGUGCUACGAGCUCAAACGCAUGGUCGAGCAAAGCAGUACCAAGGUGAUGCAGAUCGUCUUGCCCUUCGACGGAUCUUGCGAGGACGUCGCGGUCGACAAAAAUUUGUCUUUUCUGAACAAUUACGUUUCCCGGAACGCGGACGCAAGUAGUCGGUAUUUGACGAAAGAGGAGCGGAGGAAGAUGAAAAUGUCCGGGGGUGGGGUGGGUGGAGACAGCGGCAACAGUGCAAAUCCUUCGGGAACAUCAAGUACCAAGCCGUUGCACAAAGCCGCGAUCAAUUUCACCCCCUACGAAGCGCCAAAGGUCGGCCCGAAGAUGCACACGCCCUCCGGCCUGAUGGCAGGCGCCGGCUCGGGGGAUUUGUUGGGAGGGGCGGGCAGUGUUUCCGGAGCAUUAGCACAAGGCGGGUCAAGUGGGUCCUCCGCUGCGGAACCUGGGAUGCAGGGCAAGCUGCAGAAUGCGGGGCUCGGCGGCUUAUUCGACGUGAACAGCGAGAAAGCAGGGGGGCUGAGCUUGCAAACGACCGGGAAAAAUGCGGCGAGAAAAUGGGGGCCGGCAGGGUAAGUGUUUUUGCACGCCAGAGAUCGAUGAACGAUGAAAAUGAUGGUCGUAUACAUGUCUAUGAUAUGUAAUUCUCGUCGUCGUCGUCCUAUUUUGCCGGUAGUUGGAGUGAGAAAACACCAUUUCUCCUGCAGAGCUGUAUUCUCCUAGAACCAAGAGAAGGGACGAGAUGCCAGCACCUACUCGCACGCAGUGUUUACUCACUUUCCAAACUUGCUACCCGUAAUAUACAAUUAAAGUUCACUUUGCAAAAUUACCAGGUACAACGAGCCUGCCGCACUGCAGCCGCAGCAACUGCCCAACAAUGUGGCCGGGGGGUCGGCAAGUUCUACCGGGACGGCCACCACAGCGGCAGGCGUAGCAUCAGGUUCUCAAUCAACUGGAGCCACGACGACUAAUUCCCAGCCCCAAACAGCGCCCAGGCCCGCGCCGAUGGAGAAUAAGCGACAGACCGAAAGUAUCAAAUGUAAAAAUGUCUGGGUCUUGAAGAAUUCAUGUUUGUCAUGCUUGUCUGGCAUGACUCUUAAAUCUGUCAUGCACAUUACCCAAGAUCUCCGUUUUUCUGUGAUGCGGAAGCGCAGUUUGUCAUGCGGAAUAGGCAACACCUAGAAGCUCAGAAACUUGUCAUGCUGAGCCAGCAUCUGUAGCCUCGUCAUGAGACGCCACCCAGCGUCACAAGUUUCCAGACCCAGACGUUUUUUCUUUUGAUAGAAAGAGAAAAAAUGGCCGCAGCGCUCUUUUCCGGUAUGACGGCGACGCCCGCGCAGCCGGUUACCGUGCAACCUGAGCCGCUAUGAAGUGUAAAAAUGUCUGGGUCUGGAAAGUUGGAACUUGUGAUGCUAACUUUGGACUCUAGAAAAAUCUGUAGUGCAUGCUCAGCAAGAGGAGUCCAGUUUGUGUUACGCGGGGAGGCCAUUUGUCAUGCGGAAUAGGCAUCAAGAAGCACUCAGAAAAUCUGUAAUGCUAGGGAGUACAUCAUAGACGUCAUGGGCCAUGUAAAAUGUGCAUGACAAGUUGCAGCCUUCCAGACCCAGACAUUUUUACAUUUGAUAGCCGCCACCCGGAGCGGGCACGGCACACCAACAGAAGGUCGCAGCGAGCCUGUCUCUUUCCUCGAACGCAACGAGCUCUACGACAACAACGCACACCAGCCCGGCGGACGACGCGCAGCAGAAGCAGGUGGACUUACUUGGGGAUCCAAACGGGGCAUCAAAUCUACUUGAUUCAGGAGCCGGUGGUGGUAGUGGCACUACCAAAAAUCCUAAUUACCCUGCGCAGGGAUCCAGCAGCGAUCUGCUAGGUGGCGCGGAGGAAGAUUUGCUGAGUCUUGGACCACCAGCAGCCUCAACUGGACAAACCUCAUCUGCUGCAGACCUGCUCAUAUCUACCUCUCCCGGGGGUCCGACUGCGAGAACAGGAACGGAAGCUCCCCCCACCGGAAACGAUCUCUUGUCCCUCGACUUUUCAUCAUCGGCCUCCCCAGGACUUGCGACAGCGACACCCGUCGUUGGAAAUAACACCUUCUCCCCCCUCCCCCGGUCUCCGGUAAAAACGCUUGAUCAACGACCCCACGUCUUGACGCCUUUCGCGAUAAAAAUCGACCAACUCGGAGCGGAGUGGGGCACGCUACCCGCGGAAAGAAGCGUCGCUGUCAGGCUGGGGCCAUCGGUACUAGGAAUUUUGAGCGGUGGGUGAAGAUGUUAAUAACGGCCUUUUUUUUCAUUCUGUGUGCUGGAAGGGUCUUCAUCCUUUGCAUUUUUUUGGGAAUCAACAUGUUGAUGUCCAUCAACCUUGAGAAGGUCCAAAUAGGAUUCAUUGUUCUCCCCCUGAAGCUGCAGAUACAUAGACUAUUGCAAGCAUUUACUUACAUCUAUCGACAAUCAGGUCCCCACUUGCGACGUCCUGGUGCAGAAAUUGGAACAAACCCUCGGGGUCGGUCGUGUCGAGAUCAUCGGGCAGGAAGCGAUGCUUGCUGGGCAAACCAUAAGCGGAAACGCAAAGGUCUUUCUCCACGCCCAAUUCACGCCUGGUCACCCGACCGCAAACAUCGCCAUCAAGGGCGCCACCGACGCAGCGGUCGACACAGUGGCCGGGGCCCUGCAGAGCGUCGGGACGCUGGGGUGAUAAAAGCAGCCGCGUGGGGAGGGGACUGUGGUCGGGCGGAAGAUGAAAGAUUCUUGGGAACAGACACCGACAACGAUGGAAGAUUUUUUGAACCCAUGAAAUACACGACACAUGCUGACCAUGAUUUUUACAAAAGUGCGACAUGAUCAUCAUCACGGUGAUACUUGGUAUCUAUCUGAAAAUAAGAAACACGAAAGCGACAAAAGGACAAGCUAUAGCAUAUAGAAUUGACGUCUUUGAUACUUUGAAGUUGAACGGCGAAUCGAAAGGAAAACUAGGGCCCCCGCCAGGAGUCGUAACAACUGCACUUCUUUUCCGGGGACACUUAGGCUUUUCGAAACAGCAAGAACAUCAAGACACCAGAUCUGGUGGCGCAAGAGGUUGUACUUACCUCUCAAUACCGCUCGGCCUUCAUGAGGGAUGCCUGGUCACCAU